AUGUGUAUCUUACAGAUGGCAACCGCCGGGCCAGAGAAGAAAGUAAAGGAUAAUUUCCUGACGUGCUCCAUCUGCUUGGAGAUGUACACAGACCCAUGUACACUGAAGUGUGAUCACACAUUCUGCAAGAAAUGUGUCACCUCAUACAUCCAAACCAGACCAGAUGCUGUACAGUCCAAGACCAUCCCCUGUCCCUGCUGUCGACAAGGCACCAAGGUUCCCCACCCCAGGAGGCCGGUGAAGGAGUGGGCUGGGCAGAUCAAACCCAGCAUCAUUAUACAGGGGCUGAUUGACACCUAUAGAUCCGAGGUGGCUGUGCCAGGGACCUCAAGCACCUGUUGUACGAUCUGUCAGCAACUAGGGGAAACAACUCCAGGGGUCUUGUUGUGUCCUGAGUGUGAAGUGGUCCUCUGCGACAAAUGUGUGAAGAUACACCGGGUGACCCCUACUCUAUUGAACCAUGACCUAUGUGACCUGUCGUCUAGGUCAAAGGUCAAACGGAGGAUCAAGUGUACGGAACACAAGAGUAACCGUGUUGAGUUCCACUGUCAAGACUGUGGGAAGGCUGCCUGUCAGACAUGUUGUAUCAUCUACCACAGAGCUUGUAAAACUGUCGUCACCAUUGAGUCUAUGAAGCCAGGGAUGAAGGCAGCACUGAUGGAGAAGAGACUUGGCAUGGAGAAGAUACUGAAAGUGAGGUCGAAGAAAGUAGACAUACGAAACGAGAAACUCCAAAGUAAUUCUAGAAUCACAGAGUCAGCUGUUCAAAAUAUUAGGUUGAUCUGCCAGACAGCUAUUAACAAGAUUAAACAGAAAGAAACACAACUCUUGGAUGAACUGAAUAACAUAUCACAGACAUACGCCGACCGAGCUGAUGUGAAUCUGGAAGAGAUCGAGAUGCAGAUGUACAGACAACAUUGUGAGUUCAUUGACCAGGCCUUGGUAUCGGACUCUGAGAUGGACCUGUAUGACGCGUAUCAGGCCUGGGAGUCUGGAGCUGUAGAGAUUGAGGAUGUCAGGGAUACAGAGGCAGCAGCCACCCGGAGAAUAGAUGACAUCAUCUUUACACCAGACACUGACAACGUCCUGAAGGUCCUAGAUAACCUGCAGUUGGGAGAGAUUGACGUCACAUACCGGGAUCAGGGUACAUGUCAGCCAUCUCCAGUGCUGGUUGACACGAUAGAUGGGAGGGUGUCGGGUGAUGAGGAGGAGCCUUACCUACAAGACGUGACAGUUCUGGUUGUAGAUGGUGUACAGACAUGUGUUGUUACGGACUAUAAUAACAAGUGUGUGAAAUCUUUCUUCACAAGAAAUAAUCAUUCAUGCCAUAGUAAACUUCCCCUGGAUAACUCUCCAGACGGGAUAACACAGUUGAAUGAGAAGCAGGUGAUGGUUGCUGUCCCUUUAUCCCGUCAGAUUGUAAAGGUAGAAGUGGCCCCCUGA